GUUAAUGACGUUUGCCAAGACCUUUAUUAUGAAAAGCGUUCUGCAACUGCCAUUUCCGCUCGUUCGCGUUGACGUAGUCAGUUUCACACUGAACUCGGCUGAUUUUAGGAGUGAACACCGGGGUUGAGACUGCUAGAGAAUGGUGGGCCUCCGCAGGGGCACGUGAGACACAAUUCGAAUUCGGGACGGGUGAAAUCGACACGGCUCCGCUUCAGACGGACCAGAUGACAGACCCACCUGCCGGCCAAAUGAACGCUUUUCCGCCCAGGCUUUGAACGACUUCAGCUGCUAUCCGGUUACAUUUUGGGGGAAGGACGUGAAAGAGCCCCCGAGACGGACAUUCACACGCCAAGAGGAAGUCUUGAAAGACCGCAGGCUCUUAAAGAGGCCUCACAGCACUUACCAGACAGACAGGAAAAGCACCGAAAAAUCGCUGCUUUUGUCGCCUUUCUGUGGAUUAUUAGCGAGGGUGGCGUUUUUCAAACCGGCACCACCCUACAACCGAAGCAAAAGCCCUUAAAAUCGAGCUUUGACCUUUUCACUUCUGUACUGAAAGUUUUCAGUACUGUCGUUUAAUCAGCAACCAAGUGACCAGUAUUGGCUGGAACUACAUCUUAUUCACUGUGACUUUGCGCCCAGUUUCGUGAUAACGUUAUACACGUGUUCUGUUUACUUCCAAAUUUGACAUUCCCAAGAGAAAAUCUUAAAGAAAAAGUGCUUGUGUUUCACGUUUCAAACCUUUACCAUAUCAAACUUUUUCUUUUUGGAGGGAAGUAACCAUUUAUGAACAGUAUACAAGAUGGGGAAGAUGCUGUCAAAGAUAUUUGGUAACAAAGAGAUGAGAAUAUUGAUGCUCGGACUGGAUGCCGCCGGAAAAACCACCAUCCUUUAUAAGUUGAAACUCGGCCAGUCUGUGACCACCAUCCCAACUGUCGGUUUCAACGUGGAGACGGUCACCUACAAAAAUGUCAAGUUCAACGUGUGGGACGUGGGAGGACAAGAUAAGAUCCGUCCCCUCUGGCGACACUACUACACGGGCACGCAAGGGUUAAUUUUCGUGGUGGAUUGUGCUGAUAGAGAUCGCAUAGACGAAGCCAGGCAAGAACUCCACCGCAUCAUCAACGACCGUGAGAUGCGGGACGCCAUCAUUUUGAUUUUCGCCAACAAGCAAGACCUGCCGGAUGCCAUGAAGCCACACGAGAUCCAGGAGAAGCUGGGACUGACGCGCAUCCGGGAUAGGAAUUGGUACGUGCAGCCGUCGUGUGCGACCACCGGUGACGGACUGUACGAAGGCUUAACUUGGUUAACAUCUAACUACAAGUCUUAAUGACACUGGCACUGACUGCUUAGGACAAAUAAACUCAAUAUGGGGAAAAAAAUCUCACUCUCCACCGAAUAUUUGUGCUGUUUUGAUUUAGAGUUAACAUUUAUUUUUGGUUCGUUUUCAAACGGCCCUCUUUGAAACAACGUAAUGGAUUUGGCUUGCUUUUAGUUUCCUGUAUGCUGUGACAUACCUGUGUCACACCAUGGACUAUUGCUUAACAUGAUAAAGCAUUCCUGAAUGAAGAUUCUCUAUUUUUUUUUUCUUUGAUUGUAGGUUUUCUAUAUUUGUUUUCUCUUCUUCAGCUUCUUUCUUUGAAAUAUCAGAGUCAAAAAAAUGCAGUUUGUCUCCAGCAAACAGUCCAAUAGUGUGUUAAAGGCAUUUUAUACCGAGAUGUAUCGAAACUGUCCAGGCAUCCACUGUAGCAAAGCACAGUUUUGCUAAGGAGGUUGUAGCAUACUAAUUGUAGGUAGCUAUGUGGUGUAACAGGUUUUAAACCGUGCCAUAGUUAUAUCAUCACUGACAUCCAAUGAUAAUCAACAUGUAAAUGAGUCCAUGGAACAUUUUAUGCAAACGUGUAAUCGCGGAAGGCAGGCUUACCACAGACAUAACUUAUAUUCACACAGCAUAAUGGAACCGAGUUGAUGUCUUGUGUUCUCGGGAGCUUGAAAAACCACAAAGUUUUUUGUCUUCAUUGCAGUGUAGCCCAAAACGAGUUCAACGUUAAAGAGACUUCAUUUUUAAACAUCGAGGGAUGCCUUUUGUAGCCCUUUCACCAUUUAGGCUAAUUGCAUUGACUUACACUCAUGUGUCUCUAAAAUGUGGGAUUGUUACAUUCUUGCAUUUCAAGUGUAGUGCUUGCGGUAGAGUGGACUGGAUUUGUCAUUUUGGAGAGAAAUGUUUCAUUCUAUUCAUUUCCUCUCUUUUCUUUAAUCAUUUUGAGAAACAUGUACAGAAACAGCUAUGUAAUUGUAACUUCAAAUUAAACUUAGUCAUUUUAACGCUCUUA